CACACACACACACACACACACACACACACACACACACACACACACACACACACACACACACACACACACACACACACACACACACACACACACACACACACACACACACAAUUAGGAAUAAAGAACCACGAUUUGAAUUGAGUUUGCACACAAAAAGUAUAUUUGAACAUUUUUACAGAGCCCCCUAGUGGUGCUUGUGUAAUACUGCAUUAACUGUACUCCUAGUUUUUUUUUAAAUUAAAUCUAUGACAUUAUAAGACAACUGAUUUGAGACUACGGGUCAUAAUUGAGCCAUCACUGCCUGCUGGCUGUCCUGGCUCAGAGCAAUAGGGGGGGUUGACAGUAUAGGAGGAUCUUUGUUGACAUCUUUAUUAUCUUCGUGCAUAUGGCCGAGUGGCUGCAUGGGAAAAAACACCCUGUUAUCAAUACGCAACAUACACUUUGAAGAACUUUAGCAGGCAAAAUCCCCAAUAUAUUAACAUUUUACAGUUUAAAGUUAUUAAAAGCUCAUAAGAGCUCUAAGAUUACGGAAAACAUUGAUCUGAUUCAGCAGAGUUUUGUCCACAAAUCCGGUUGCAAGACAUUUAUUCCUAUUAAACAGAAACCCUGACCCUUUCAAGAAAAUUUGGGCCGACCUCUUUUAAAAACAGAAAGCUGUGGUUGUGCUAAUAGCAGGAGCUCCUGUGAGCUGAGCAAAGUCACAGCAUUAAAGCUCCAUUCCUGAACUUUGCGGAUAUAUGCUCUCUGUCGCCCUCGAGGUUUGCUGCGUAACAUCACUGUUGUAAAAUCAAAUCUCUCUGUCACACAUAAGAGGCGUGUUUACUGGCUUUUUUCCAACUCGUGUGCCCAAACCAAACACAUUAAGCGGCGUUUCUGCAUUGAAUAAAGUUUUAUCAGGACUAUUUAAGAACUUAAUGCCCGACCAAACACAAUAACCCUGGUGAAAUCAUUUAUUACUUUCUAUUAGCAGCACGGCUAGGUCUUUCGAGAAGAGCUCUCCAGCGAGGAAAAGCCAGCCCAAUAUUAACUCUGAUUUUUGCUCUUGCUCUAUCGCAUUCUCUUUGACUUUUCCUAGAUUCCUCUGAUGAGGGAUUUCUAGCUUUCUUUGGUGGAUCUGCCAUAGCUCAAGUCUCUAAACCACGGGUCUACCACAGACAUAUAUACGUAGAUGCCCGGUGGACUAGUGCUGCCGUAGUUGCUAGCCGCCAUUUUAGAUGAGUCUCCAUUCGCCCCCAGUGCAUUCACUUCAAUUAAGGAAUGUCCUACCCAACUAAAAAACACAUUUUAUCAAGCGUUUUCACAAAAUCAGACACAAGUUGCUCACUGUGCAUUUACUUUGGACUCUUCUUGGACUCUUCUCUCUGCUUUGGAGUGAGACCCAUCCGUAAAGCAAUAUGCAGUCAGUACUUCCGGCGGCAGACCGCGGGUCAAAAACUGUGUAGUGCAGUAAACAGACGAGGGAUCCCAUAAUACUAUCACAGCUCAGAAAAUGAACAUAAUAGAUGAUAGUAUACCACCAAAAAAAAAACAUUAUUAAAGGUGUGAAAGUUGUGGAAUGGGGCUUUAAGUGGGAGCCAACCAUCACCUCCAUCAUAAAAAAGGCCCAGCUGAGGAUGUACUUCCUGAGGCAGCUGAAGAAAUUCAACCCAUCAGUACAGUUGAUGAGGCAGUUCUACACUGCAAUCAUUGAGUCCAUCCUCUCCUCUUCAAUCACUGUGUGGUAGGCUGGAGCCACCAUCAGGGACAUGAGGAGGCUGCAGCGUGUCGUGAGCUCUGCUGAGAAUGUCAUUGGCUGCAAACUCCCCUCCAUACAGGACCUGUACAUCUCCAGGACAUUGAGGCAUGCAGGUCGGAUCACAGCAGACCCGUCUCACCCUGGACACAGUCUGUUCAACUCGCUCCAAUCUGGCAGGAGGCUCCGAUCCAUUCGGACCAGAACCUCUUGCCACAAAAACAGCCCUCUGCAGUCGGGCUCAUGAAUACCAAUCUUAGAUUUGACCACUCCAGCUGCUUUGUUCCAGUCACAUGUUUAUGUUUAUGUAUUUCGCUGACGCUUUUGUCCAAAGCGACUUACAAGUGAUGAUCGGCAUGUUGCCCUUGAGGCUAACAACAACAAUAACAACAACAACUUGUCAUAAAUCAUGGAGAGGAGGGAACAAGGAGUGGACAGCAGAGAGGGGGGACGGGUGCAGGGAGAGUGACCCACAUGACCCUAGUGUUGCGUUGGCACAUGAACUGAUCCACUCUGACCAGUGCUUAGUAGCUGCUUCUCUAAUUGGGGAAGCUGUAGCUCAGAAGGUAGAGUGGAUAGCCUCAUGAUCAUGGGAUCAAGGGCUCUAUUCCAGCUCCCGCCAGGGGUUUUCUGCUGUUGCGUCCUUGGACAAGAGACUUCAGCCGACUUGCCUUUGUUGGAGGUGGUCAGAGGGGCCGAUGGCGCAAAAUGGCAGCCUCGCCUCUGUCAGACUGCCCCAGGGCAGCUGUGGCUACAUAGUAGCUUACCAACAUCAGCAGUGUGUGAAUUUGAGAGAGUGUGAAUAAUGGAAAGCACCUUGGGUGUCUUGAAAAGCGCUUUAUACAUCCAAACCAUUAAUUAUUGUUUCCCUAUAUUAUGAUCAUUCACUGUGUAUUCGUCACCUGUGGGUGAGAAAAUGGAAAAAUCCUCACUGCAACCGCAAAGCCGGGUAAGUCUUCAUUAAUCAGUAUCCUUAUUUAUUUUUUCACUUAUUAUUAUAAUGAAGACAUCUGAAUCAGAACGUGAAAACAACAUAAAUGUUUUCAAAAACAGGCUCUCACUAUCAUCCCUUUCGCAUUUCGCGGUCUUUUAAAAAGCAAAUUCCUAUUAAACUUGUUAUCAAGCCUAGCACUGGCCGAACAAUCAACCACACAGCUAGAAGGAUACAUUUGCUUAGCUAAAUCCUCCUUCAAACAUGCAAAACAAUCAAAUUAUAGGCAAAAUACGUUGUUUCUUGCCAUACAAUCCAGUGAUGUAACGCAAGAAACAUAAACACUGACUUCUCAAAAGAUCCCUCUAUAGCAGCUCUUCUUUUUCCACUCUGGACAUUUUGUAAACUGACACUCAAUGAGUUCCUUUGGUCUGUUUUCCCCAGACAAUUACUGUCACAUGCAUUAUUUUGAACCCCUUUGUCAUUUUUAAAAUGUUUUAUUAUGGCAACAGGGCUGUAAGACCUGUUCUGAACAACUUCUUAGCCUAAAUGUUCAGAGAUCUAUGUGGUGAGUUUAAACCAAACAAACUCACUUUUCCACUCUACACAGUUGUUAUUUGUUGGGUCACAGGUCUUAAACACACAUGAAGUAACAAUACAAACAAAGGCUGACUGUUUAUUCCCCUCAUAGUUCAGAUCUAAUAGCUUUUGUUUUUAGUGCUGCAGUAUCAGUAAAUCGUUUUAACACUCGAAGCUAAACGGUUGUUAAAGCUUGUGUUAAUGGCAGGAGUAAAGGGGUUAGUAAUGCAUCCUCCCCCUUUAUCAAAUCUCUGCUUUAUUCUUUUCUAAUUGUUUCUUCUCAUUUGUGGAAUUUUAAUUUUAGGCAGGUGACCCGACAGCCACUGAGCUCAUGUUGGUUCAACUAACGGACUUGGACUGGACAAAUAAGAGAUCCCAAAAGCUCUUUCUGGACACCGGUGGUCUACAGGUCCUUGUUAACCUGUUGAAUUUAGAUGAAGAGAAUUGUCUGAUCGGGUCUCUGAGACUGCUGGGAAAGCUCUGUCACAGCAUCCAUAUGUGCCAGGCCAUCGUGGACCUGGGCGGCCUUCGUUACAUGGUGGAGAAUCUUGACUCAGGAGUGCAUCUGAUCCAAGUUCUAGCUGCUGAGACUAUCAGUAAGGUGUUGCAGUUCAACAGGGCCAGAGAAAUGUUCUGGAAAUAUGGUGGCAUUGACAAACUGGUGAAGCUGCUGAAAUGCUUCUGCAGUACAGAAGAAAACCCAAUGAAGGACGUGGAGUUGGACCACAACGUUAUUGCACUGCUGUGGAAUUUGAGCAAGAGCCUCAAGACCAAGAAGGCUAUUUGUGAAGCAGGUAUCAUCCCUCUGCUUGGACACCUGGUCAGGUCUCCACAUGAGAACAUACGAAUUGCCGUUAUGAAACUCCUGCAGGAAUUUGCCUCAGAGGAAAUCUGCAAGUCUGCCAUCCAGACCAAAGAUUUGAUGAGGAAUAUUAUCAAAAACCUGCAGACCAACAAUGAAGAGCUACAACUUUGUUGUGCCACUUCAAUCUUUAAGUUUGUAGAUAACAAGGAAACCUGUGACCUGGUGCGCAAGAUCCAAGGCCUGCAGGCACUGGUUUCCCUGCUCGGUAAAGCAGAGAACAAGAAGCUCCUGACUGCCGUCACUGGAGCUAUUUGGAAGUGCUCAGCCAGCACAAAGAACGUGGCUUUCUUUCAGAAGUGCAACACUCUGGAGACUCUGGUGGCUCUUCUGAAUGCUCCUCAGUCAGACUACGUCCUGUUUCAUAUCACCAAAGCUCUGAUAGAAUUUGUUCAAACACCAGAGAAUCGGGCCGCUGUCCUCCAACCUGAGAUCUUAAAGCUGAUAAUGGAUCUGCCCCUGGAAAGUUAUGAGGUUGACUGGGCGCUGUCUGCGAACGUUGCCAAGCUGUUGGGAGCCUGUGCCAUAGAUGAGGAGAGCGUGGCAACCAUGGAGCAGUUUAAUGUAAUCCACCGGAUGUGCGUACAUCUGAAAUUCUCUGAUGAAGACCUUCAGGCUAGUUCUGCUUGGACUCUUUCUUCAUUUCUCAAGAACAUAAAGGGUUCAGCGGGAAAAAUAAGAAACCGUGUACGUUUCUUACUGUUGAUUGCUGACUUAUUGAAGUCCAGCAACAACUGCAGCAACAUUGAGGUGCAGGCGAGCAUUUGCUGUCUGGUCUCUGAACUCAUCAAAGACGAGUACAACCUGGGAGGUCUCUCUCACCUGGGACUUGUUUCAUCCCUGGCAAAGCUGACUGACACGAAUGAUGACAAGGUUCGACGCUACGUCGCCAAAGCAAUCGGACUCUCCUGUCAUUUUGAGCAAAAUAUUGCAGCCUUCGGUGAGGCUGGAGUCACCGUCCCGUUGGUGAAUUUCUUAAAGGAGUCGAAGGACACUUCGGUCCAUCACUAUUCUGCCAUGGCCCUGUCAGAGUUGUGCGGAGAGCAAGACAACAUCAUCGACAUGCACAAGGCGGGAGCACUCAAGCCACUCAUCGAAUGCAUGAAGUCUGAUGAUGAGGACCUUCAGAUGUUCGCUGCUGAUUGUGCAGAAAAAAUUCGGCUUCUUGUACAGAAAGCCGAAAAGAUUCGCAAGGCCAUGAAGUAAUGUCAGUUUUUGUCCGUUUUUGUUAGCUUUUGUCAGUAUUUGUUUGGACAAAGUUAAUAAAAUCACAGAAAGUU